UUGUUUGUUUGUUUUUGCAGGUACCAGGGCAGGAGAGAGGAAACAAACAUGGUCAUCAUCAACAUCAAGCUGCUGUCUGGAUACAUUCUGGAUAAAAGCUCGCUGACGCUGCUGAAAAGCGACCGUUCAGUGAAGCGAGUGGACGUGGAGGAAGGAUACAUCAACAUCUACUUAGACGGGCUGAAGAAGGAUGAGACGAAGAUCCACAGUGUGACACUAGAGGAGGAUCAGCCCGUCAGGAACCUGAAACCAGCUGUGGUCAAAGUCUACGAUUAUUACCAGACAAGCGACGAGGCGGUCACUGAGUACACCUCCCCCUGUGCAGAGAGUAAGUAGCAUUUUUAAUAGCGUGUUCAAACCCAACGGGCGAAGCGAGUCAGU